AUGGGAAAUAUGCCAUGUGAGCUAAAGCUCAUUGGCAAUAGCAUUUUAUUUGGUGUGAUGAUCACCAGCUUACAAGGUGUGAGAAGCAUUCUGUUUCCAGUUGACAAUCAGGGAGCCAGUGAAGCUUUCUUGGAUGCAUGGGUGUUAAACUGCAAAUACCUGCGAUAUUUGGAUUUAAGUGAUUCUACAUGUGAGACUCUGCCUGAGUCAAUUGGUAAGUUGAAACAUUUAAGAUAUAUUUCUCUUCAGGGUAAUACAAGAAUAAAGAGGCUCCCUAAUUCUAUUUGCAAGCUGCAACAUUUGCAAGUUUUGCUUCUUGAUAGGUGUUCAAAUCUGGAAACUUUACCGAAAAAGAUAAGAAAGUUGAUCAGUCUGCAAAGAUUGGAUAUAACCACAAAGCAAUCUAUUUUGCCAGAGAGUGACAUUGCAAAGUUGAAUUGUCUUGAACAUUUGUCUGUCGAAAAUUGUGAUAAUUUGAAGUCCUUGUUUGUUGAGACAAGAUUGCCUACACUUCGAACUUUGCAAGUUCGUGGCUGUGCGAAUCUAAAGUCUUUGCCACUUGAUACUCAGCAUUUUCCUCAGUUAGAAACUUUGGGAAUCAGCAGUGUUGGCAAUGAAGAUUGGCUUCAUAGAUCAGAGGAUACUAAUGCUGUCUUGAGGUUAAAAACCAUUGUUCUUUUUGAAAUGGCAACAUUGCCUCAUUCUCUCCAACAAUAUGCAAGCACGUUACAAGGUUUGAUGAUUUCACGUUGCUACGAGCUGGAGGUACUGCCCGAAUGGCUGUGGAAUCUGAGUUCUUUGAAAUUUCUUUAUAUCUCCCGGUGUCCGAAAUUGAAGUCUCUUUCCAGUGAUAUCCACCGUCUAACAAGUCUGCAAGUUUUGCGAAUCAUAAAUUGCCAUGAGUUAUAUAGAAAAUACGAGCCACAAGUUGGAGAGUGCUGGCCCAUGAUAUCUCACAUCAAGCAUACUGACAUUAGGAACACAUGGGAAUAG